UCCAACCCUACCUACCACCACUUUGACCACCCUCAUUCGAGGUUGCCGUUGCCGCCGUCCCUCGAUUACUUCACUGCGAACUCGGCAAUCCCCGACUUGGAUGGGCGCGCACAAUUGCUGGGUCAUGGAAAGAUCUUGAUUGAUUGUCUUGUGAUACUGUCGGUCACCAGGAGGGCUAUACAUACAUCAUGGGUUCCCAACACGCCACUCGGGAAUUGCUCGAGUCGCUUCGCACUGGAGCCCCAAUUCUCCUCCUCCUCAUCUUCGUGGCGUCGUUCAUUGCCAGCUCCGUCAUCGCUGCCCGAAAUGCGAAUAAGAAUGCCACUGCCGUGCGGACUGGACCGGGGGGGAGACCACUCCCCAAGCGGGCAAGGAGUACGGUGACCGUUGUCAAGGCGUCCCAGAAGUUUUCCCGAAAUGUGAAACUGCUGUUCAAGUGGCUGUCUGUCGGUAUUCUACUGACCAUUGUGGCGGACGGCGCCAUCAACGUCGCCCAUGUCAUGAUUGCGAGAUCGGAGCAUUGGUGGUGCGGUCAGUCUGUGGUGAUCUAUGUUGUCGGUUCCUUCUUCGACUACGCGAUCAUCCUCGUUUCAUUGCUGGAUACAGACCCCUCCCCGACAUUCGCCCAAUUCCUUCCGUGGCUAGCAGCUAUCCCGAUCGAGCUGAGCAUCCUAGGCACGUCCCUUUCUAUAUAUGCCGGCGUGCAUCGAGAACCCGUGGUUGGCGAUCCUACUGGCGGCCGCCUGCGACAAGGCCUGACCCCAUGGGAGCUGACAGAGGUGGUUUCGAAUUGCAUCCGGAUACUGUUUCUCGCGACUAUGGUCAUGUCCUACAUGCUCAAUUCAUUUAACGUCCACCCCAAGAGAGCCCAGAAUCACGUCAAUGGCGCCAGCGAGUCCACGGGAUUGCUUGAUGAGCACCACGCGGAAAAUGGAAACGGAUAUGGCUCAACCAACGGUCACGCGCAACCUCCGAAGCCGGCCGACCCAUGGGUUCGCCCAACCACCGUCCCCUCGACCAGUUGGUGGGAAUACCUAAGCGGCUAUUCGUUAUUCUUCCCGUAUCUAUGGCCAUCCAAGUCCCGACAGCUACAGGUGGUGGUUGUCAUCUGCUUUGUGUUGAUCGUCCUGCAGCGGAUUGUCAACGUGCUGGUUCCCUACCAGGCAGGUGUCAUCACCAACAUGCUAUCUCAGGAAGAGGGCGAAUUCCGGGUACCCUGGUUUGACAUUUGCCUCUACAUCCUCUACCGGUGGCUGCAGGGAAACCAGGGGCUCAUUGGGUCCCUGAGAUCGAAUCUCUGGAUUCCCGUCAGCCAGUAUUCGUACAUGGAGCUUUCCACCGCGGCUUUCGAACACGUGCACGGACUGAGUCUUGAUUUUCACCUGGGGAAGAAGACCGGCGAGGUGCUUUCUGCUCUGAGCAAGGGUAGUUCGAUCAACACAUUCCUCGAGCAGGUCACCUUCCAGGUUGUCCCUAUGCUGGUUGACCUUUGUGUUGCCAUCGUGUUUUUCCUCGUCUUCCUGGACGCUUACUACGCUCUUGUUGUUACCAUCGUCACUUUCUGUUAUCUCUAUGUCACGGUGCGCAUGGCGCAGUGGAGAGCUGAAAUUCGUCGAGAGAUGGUCAACAAGUCCCGGCAAGAAGAUGCCGUGAAGAACGAUUCAAUGGUUUCGUAUGAAACCGUCAAAUACUUCAACGCGGAAGACUACGAGUUCGGCAGAUACCGGGGUGCCGUGUCUGAUUACCAGAAGGCCGAAUACCAUGUCCUCUUUUCCCUCAACCUGAUGAAUACCUCGCAAAACACCGUCUUCAUGCUCGGAUUGCUUAUUGCAUGCUUUAUCGCCGCUUACCAGGUGUCAUUAGGACAACGGAGCGUCGGCCAAUUUGUUUCGCUUCUCACAUACAUGGCCCAGUUGCAAGGGCCGUUGAAUUUCUUCGGUACUUUCUAUCGCUCCAUUCAGUCGGCGCUGAUCAAUUCGGAGCGCUUGUUGGAACUGUUCAGAGAGCAACCCACAGUGGUCGAUCGACCUAGCGCUCGACCUCUUCCGAUCUGCAAAGGCGAUAUUACCUUUGAGAACGUUGAGUUCUCGUACGACACCCGCAAACCAGCCCUGAAUGGCUUGUCGUUCCGCUGCGAGCCGGGCACGACAACGGCAUUGGUGGGUGAGUCUGGCGGAGGAAAGUCGACAAUCUUCCGGCUACUCUUCCGGUUUUACAACGCGUCGCGGGGCCGCAUACGCGUGGAUGGGCAUGACGUCGAAAGUAUCACGAUCGACUCGCUCCGGAGACACAUGGGCGUUGUACCACAGGACACUGUGCUCUUCAAUGAGACAUUGAUGUACAACCUGAAGUAUGCCAACCAGAACGCGACGGACGAAGAGGUCUACGAAGCUUGCCGCGCUGCCAGCAUCCACGAUAAAAUCAUGUCUUUCCCCGACGGAUACAACACCAAGGUCGGGGAGCGCGGUCUACGGCUUAGUGGAGGAGAGAAGCAACGGGUUGCGAUUGCUCGGACCAUUCUCAAGAACCCGCGGAUCAUCCUCCUGGACGAGGCCACUGCUGCUCUGGACACGGAAACCGAGGAGCACAUACAAGGCGCGCUCUCCAGCCUCUCUCGCGGCCGCACGAUGCUUGUCAUUGCGCAUCGACUGAGCACUAUCACGACGGCAGAUCGUAUAGUUGUCCUGCACGAAGGGCGAGUAGCCGAAAGCGGCACCCAUGAUCAGUUGCUGGCGAUGAAGGGCCGGUAUGCCAGCAUGUGGCGGAAACAGAUCCGCGCCCAGCGAGCAGCCGCAGAAGCCCAGGUGCUUCAGGAUCGCGCUCAACGCUUGCGUAGUGCGUCCACGACGGGGGCCGCCGAUGAUAGUUCCAGCCAGUCCGACGAGGAUCGGAAUGGCAAUGCACUCCCCGCUGGGGCGCGCCAGGGACAACAAGGCUAUCCUACUAGCAAGCCUGGCGACGAUGGCCGUAAAGAGCCGGAAACGACUCGCUGAGCAGUAGGUAUACAAAGCCAUCCAUCUACUGGCGAAGCGCAAGACGUCCCUGCACCCGCACUCACUCGGCUUAUCAACCAGCGACGAAGACAGUGCCUUCCCGGGAUUACCAGGGACAAUUUUCUCUAUUCCGAAUUCUC